GAUGAUGUGGAUCCUGGUACUCACCGGUCUGCUGUAUAAAGCCUGCAUGUCACAGAUCAGUAAUUAUGGAAAUACAACAGCUGACUAUGGCGGGGAAGCGCACUACAGGUGCACAGCAGCCAACACAGCAGGUGUCCUCCAGGUCACGUGGCAGAGGCUUUUCAAGGACGACUCCAUUGAGAAUUUGGCGACCUACAGCAGGCGGUUUGGACAGCAAGUAAAUCAGCCUUACAGGGGCAAAGUGAUCUUCACAGAGGCGUCUCUCCAGUCAACAUCCAUUAUCCUGAAGAAUGUAACAUGGGGGGAUGAAAGCUGUUAUAUUUGCUCAUUCAAUGUGUAUCCUGAUGGGUCCAAACGAAAACAGACUUGCCUCACGGUGCAAGGCAUAUCCGAGGUGAAAACAGCUGUGCAUGCCUCCAGUGAGCCUGAGGAAGAAGACACAGAGGUCGUGUUCAGCUGCUCUGCUACAGGUAAACCAGCUCCGACCAUUCGGUGGGAAUUCUCACCUCCUGCCACCGAAUCAGAACCAAUGCAGCCUACAACAGUAACAAACAGUGACCACACCUUUACCAGCAGCAGCAACCUGACUCUGCAAGUACCUCCAGAGUGGAAGGGACAGGUGGACUGCGUGCUGAACAAUGGACAAAGGCGGGUGAUGAUCCCGUUCUCUUUACCUCCGAGGAAGACGGAAGCCGGAGGGAAAACACUGUCGUCAUCAGGGAUUGCACUCGUGAUCGCUGCAGUGAUGUUUAUUUGCUUCAUCAUUGCUGCUGCGGCAAUGAAGCGAAAAAGGUUAAAGGGUACCAGAAGAAGUGACGUUUAACAUGCUUCUGGACUUUGACACAGCUAACAUUCAAGCAUGCAAGCAUUAUAAAAAUCUGCUUUUUUGGCAUCAAAAGUUUAGAGGUACAACAGUGAGUUAAGCUAAAAGCUGGUGUCCAAGAUUCCACCGGUAGCUUUCAAAAUAACCAUUUCUUUUUCAUUUCAAUGCUCAGCACUUGAACUUUUUGGAGCUAAAAGCAAAGCGUAUUUUGGGCUUUGUAGAACGUGACAAUGCAACAACAGUGACCAAUUUUUGAUUCUGACAUAUGGACACAAAUACAUGGUUUACAAAGAGUCUAUAUUUGAGUUGAUUUAAUCACAUGUAGAGCUCUGAAGCAGGUAACUCUAACUCAGAGUCACAGUGACUGCUGUUGAUUCAAGAUAAUCUAACAGGCAGAUGACCAGAAUACAAGCUGAUGUGUUUUGAUGACAAGGAAAUGUUGUAUGGGGCUAGAACGCCAUCUAGUGUGCUUUGUCAGGAACUAGAGAAAGGAGGAGGAAGAUGAGCCCAAGUCUAACCAAGGAAUACAAUAGAUUGAAAUUGUUUGCACAACAAAUUUGAACUAUUUAUUAAGUGAUCUAUGAAGUUGACAUGCGAAGCAAUCAGUGAUCAGUGAUGACUUUAAUCCAGAUCAGCAUAUUUAGGCUGUAUCAAACUAUAUGUAUAUUUAUCUAUAAACUUUAAAUUAUACGAGACAUAUUACAAAAUAGAUAUGAUAUAUAAGUGUGUUAGUAAUGUUGCACUUUUCUUGCAGUUUUGCACUUUAGUGUUCAAUGUUUAUUUGUUGCUUUGUCUGGAGACAUUGUAUGACUGUAACUGUGGUAUAGUGCCGACUGUAUUAUGUGAAAACUCAUCUGUCAAACACUGUAUUAUUAACCUGUGCUGUGCAUUAUGUUUUAAUUUAUUCUCUUUACUUAAAUGUAUUUAUUUUUGCUCGGUUAAUUAAACUGUGAUGUUUACUUGUUA